AUGAGAGUUUUUCUUCUCGCAGGAGCAGUGAGUGCAGUAGAUUGGGUUCCCGGUGUAAACCCAGUAAACUGCGGUGCGGAUUAUUUUCGGCCUGGCGCAGAGUGGCCGCUAGAAUCUGUUGGUAACGCCGGGCGAACUGUCAGAAUCUGUCAGAAUCGAUAUGGAAACCCUCACUACUACGCGACGCUGUUUUCUAUCGAUGACUUGAUUCCUGUUUACUCUGGUGGAAAGUUCAGGCGUUACAGCCACGAGCCUACCUUUUCUCGGCCGACGUCAAACUGGCACCAUCUUCUCAACGGCCUUUGUGCAGAGCUACCCGACGCAAAGACAUCUUUCUACGGAAAUCUUGCGAGCGUUGGCUCCGCAAAUUACGAAACCUGUCAUCAGUGGCAGCCGAUUGAUGAGGAUUACCUUGGAAACAACGCUGAGAUCAAAAUUGACCGCGGUCACCUCGUACCCAGCGCGAUUAUGAAUCAAAAUGAAAUGGCCAUGAAGACGACCUUUACCUUGACAAACGUAGCGCCACAAAGCUCCAAUUUCAACCAGCGUGCUUGGAACCAGCUAGAAUGUAUGGUCCGCAAGUUCAUGGAACGAGAUAUUGACGGGAAAGACGCGUGGAUUUAUACAGGAACGCAUGGGACAAAGGGCUGGAUGAAUGAGGAUAAUCCAGCGAAGAGAAACUUCGAGCUCUUUCCAAGCUUUUGCUACACUGACGAUGCUACUGGGUACACUUACUCUUGGGUCUACUACCAAGAAAACGAAAACGACCAGACGAUGUCCUCAGGGGACCUGUUCAUGUCCGCAGAGACCUUCAGCAACACCUACUACGAUGGAGAGCCAAUCUUUGACGAGACUUGCCAGCGGCCAAACACAGGCUACGGCCCAUGGUACGGUCUUAUCAUGGACUGGGACGCGUAUUUGACAAGAUACAGUUGCAAAUAG